AAGUAAUACACCCCUUAUGUCCAUCCGUGCCCAAGAACACGUUGGAGUACUCAGCACAAGCAUCACUGAGUGUCAAUAAUUAUCCUGAUGUUCACUCCGGAUGCGUCUCAAGAGUUUGGUCAACGUCGAUCUUGAUCUCAACUGUAGGAGGGGCUGGGGGGGCUUUGGUGACGUAUAUUUGGGUGAAUAUCAUAAUUCCAACGUCUGCGUGAAGGUGCUUAAAGAAGUCCCUGUUAUCAGCACAGACUGGCUUGGGAAGUUUAUUCGGCGGCUCAGACGAGAAGUCAAGGUUUGGCACAACUUGCAGCACGGAAAUAUCGUAGCAUUUCUUGGCUGGACGCUACAGCGCGUUGUUGACGAUAAAUUACGUGUGAGCCUGAUAUCGGAGUGGGCUGAAGGUGGGAACGUGAAGGAUUUCUUGCGCCGUAAUCCACUUGGGGACCGCCCUCAUCUCAUCAAUUCGGGGAGCAUGUCAAGGAUUGGUUUAUGCGGUAUAGUCCACGGAGACAUCAAACCAGAGAAUAUACUCGUCCUGGGAGCGGAUUGUGAUGCACAAUUAUGUGAUUUCGGGCUUUCCUCCAUCCUCGACGAUUUUACAACGCACGCCGAAUCAUCGAGCGUGAUGAGCACUCCUAGGUACGCUUCCCCAGAACUGGUGGAGGCCAUCAUCACCGGGCGAAAUGAAGCCAGCGAUAUUUGGGCUUUUGGGUGUACAGCUGCAGAGGUGAAAGUUAUGCUUAGGAAUAUGAGCCCGAGGACUGAUUUGUGGUUCAGAUCCUCACUGACCAGAUCCCGUAUAAGGCCCGUUCCAGCUUCCUUCGGCCAUCUCCAAGGGCCCUCCUUAUGAAUGGAGCAAUGUCGGUUCCGUUGAAAGGUGCCUUUCGGCGUGUUUCGAACCUCGCCCUGAGCUACGACCCAGCGCUGCUGAG